GCUACUGUCCCGGACAGACCCUUCUGUUGGGGUCACCGGGACGUUAAGACCGCCUUCUGGACACUACCUGACCAUGUUGUCCCGGGUGGUGCUGUCUGCUGCUGCCGCAGCGGCCCCCUCUCUGAAGAACGCCGCCCUCCUAGGUCCAGGGGUAUUGCAAGCAACAAGGAUCUUUCACACAGGGCAGCCAAGUCUUGCUCCUGUACCACCUCUUCCUGAAUAUGGAGGGAAAGUUCGUUUGGGGCUGAUCCCUGAGGAGUUCUUCCAGUUUCUUUAUCCUAAAACUGGUGUCACAGGACCCUACAUGCUUGGAACUGGGCUUAUCUUAUAUUUUCUAUCCAAAGAAAUAUAUGUGAUUACCCCAGAAACCAUCACUACUGUAUCAACAGUAGGGUUGCUUGUAUAUGCAAUUAAAAAAUAUGGUGCCUCUGUUGCACAAUUUGCUGAUAAACUCAAUGAGCAAAAAAUUGCUCGACUAGAAGAGGUGAAGCAGGCUUCCAUGAAAUACAUCCAAGAUGCAAUUGAUUUUGAGAAGGCACAGCAAGCACUGGUUCAGAAACGCCAUUACCUUUUUGAUGUUCAGAGGAAUAAUAUCGCUAUGGCCUUGGAGGUUACUUACCGGGAACGGCUGCACAGAGUAUACAAGGAAGUGAAGAAUCGCCUGGACUAUCACAUCUCAGUGCAGAAUAUGAUGCGUCGAAAGGAACAAGAGCAUAUGAUAAACUGGGUGGAGAAGAACGUGGUGCAGAGCAUCUCUACACAGCAGGAGAAGGAGACAAUUGCCAAGUGCAUUCAAGAUCUAAAGCUGCUUGCAAAGAAGGCUCAAGCACAGCCAGUUAUGUAAA